AUGGCGGAGGCGCAGAUAGCUGAUCCCACGGAGUCUCCAGAAAGCCAUCGCGACGGCUACUUCUGUGUAUACGAGAUUUAUUUUAAAGGCUCAAGUGAGACGGAAGAUGUCAUCCCACCCGAAGUUCCUGUGGCACCGGCGGUCACCCUGGAGGAUGGUUUUACUGUGGAGGGCGGACCAGGAGCCCCAUCUGACCAAGCACCAGCCAAGGAGGCGAAUGAAACUUCGACUACCGAGCCGGACGUCGACAAACACCGUCGCUUGUGUGAGGAAAGGCAGCGGCUAGGUCUCAAAAGGCAAACACUCGAGGCUCGCAUUGCUCGGGUAGAGAGGAAGAUAAGGGCUCUGGAAAGUGAUCUCUUUCAAUGGGAAUGGCGGAACUUCGAUUCUGUUGCUGAGAUCCCGAAGAUGCUUCAGAUGUAUCUCCGUGCUAAAGGAGUUCCGGUUCCUGUGAAUGCUCCGGUCCAUACCGUUCCAUCUGAUAGCGAGGAAGAAGACGAAGAGGAGGCCAGUACCAGUCGGAAACGCGUUCGGGAUCGUCCCGAAGUGGAUGCCAAGAACAAGGCGUCCACUUCGAAAACUAAACCGGCGAUGAAGGAGCCUGUUCCUGAGCCUCUUCCAUAA